UCAAACCCGGUGCUUUUGGUGCAUUUGACAGUGCUUGCGGUUUUUCGCGCUGCAUCAUAAUCUGCAUUUUCAUUGACCGAACACCCCCAACUGUAUUUAUCAGACAGCGAUAAAGAAGGUAACGGAUAAACGGAAUUUGCACCCCUCGUGAUGAGCAAACUCCGCUUCCACCGGGAGCUUCAGCCGUGCGAUCCGCACCAGACUCCGGUGCUGAUCGUUGGCCAACAGCGUCAUUUGGCCGAACUCAAGUUUGACCGUGUCCGCUGCAAGCUGGAUCCGCGCGUUUCGGAAGAUACGUUCCUCAAGGCGAUCGCUUAUCUGUAUCCCGCGCCUACCGAUACGUGUUCAUUGUAUUUGGAUCUCGCCAAAGUGGCCGCUCUGCCAAAGAAAGCCUCCCGGCAUAAUUCCGAAUCGAGGGCCCAUGCCCUGACCAAACUGGUCCAGUCGAACACUUCCGGCGUGAACGAAUCGAUUGUGGUAGUCUGCGAGAGGGAAUGCCUGUUUGCUUCCGGUUGCGCCGUGGCCAGAGCUUUCCCGCUGUACAGCCGGAAGACCAGUAAGGGUGGCACCAAUGGCGAUCCAGCCAUGCCGGAACCGCCUACCGUUAAUGUUGAGUUCCUGCUGGUUGGAGGAGGGGAACUCUCCGAGCAGGACGUGAAGGUGAUCGAGUAUGCUGCGAGAGGUAUCCGUUUGACGGCCAAAAUCGUCGAUGCGCCUUGCAAUGAAAUGAAUGUGUCCGGUUUUCUGCAGGAGAUUGACACCGUAGCGAAAGAGUUGAACCUGAAACCGAAGGUCAUCCGAGGCGAAGAGCUGAAGAAGAAAGGUUUCGGAGGAAUAUACGGUGUGGGGAAAGCAGCGGCUGAUCCUCCCGCUUUGGCCGUAUUGUCUUACGAGCCGGAAGGUGCGACCGAAACCGUAGCUUGGGUCGGAAAGGGCAUUGUAUUCGACACUGGUGGUCUCAGCAUUAAGGGCAAGACGGCCAUGCCUGGCAUGAAACGGGACUGUGGAGGAGCCGCUGCCAUUCUGGGAGGAUUUUACGCUGCGGUGAAGAAUGGUUUCAAACAAAACCUGCAUGCCGUGUUUUGCCUGGCGGAGAACUCGGUUGGCCCUAAUGCAACCCGUCCGGAUGAUAUCCAUCGUUUAUACUCGGGAUGUACGGUUGAGAUCAACAACACCGAUGCGGAAGGUCGCCUGGUUUUGGCCGAUGGCGUAUGUUAUGCCGAUAGGGAUUUGAAGGCAAAGGUUAUCCUAGAUAUGGCUACCCUAACAGGAGCUCAAGGAAUAGCGACUGGUAAAUACCAUGGAGCUAUCUUGACCAACAGCGGCUCUUGGGAGAAUAAGGCAGUUAUAGUUGGUCGUCAAACGGCUGAUUUGCUGUCGCCGGUACCGUACUGCCCGGAACUCCAUUUCAGCGAGUUCACCUCCGCCGUGGCUGAUAUGAAGAACUCGGUGAUGGAUCGCGGUAAUGCUCAAGUCAGCUGUGCCGGUCUUUUCAUUGGGGCUCAUCUUGGUUUUGAGUACGAUGGUGUCUGGAUGCAUGUCGAUAUGGCGUCGCCAGUGCAUUGUGGAGAACGAGCUACCGGAUACGGAGUCGCUUUGCUUGUGGGCCUGUUCGGGAACCACAGCAAAGCCGAACUGCUUCAACAAGUCGCUGCUGCUGCCAAAAUUGCAUCCGAUUGCGAUCUAGAGCCGACACUGAAGAAGGCUCGCGUCGAUUGAAUGUGGCCUGGUAUAGAUAGUAAUGAAUUUAUACAUGUGCAUUUGAAUGCAGUUUUUGUAUGUCCUUUUUCACAAGAGUAAAUAAACGUUUGGAAUGCACAAA